AUUGUACUAAAAUCCCUCACCACAGCAUGGCGCCGAAAUUUCUUGGUGUUUUCAGGCGCGCUUGAAGAUUUGGAAUUCGGAUGUUAUAAUUAAUUGCUUAUUAUUUUUCCUAGCAGUUCAAGUCAGCGAUUGAUGUUUCGGAUUUAAGAUGAAUCGUAACGAUUGAUUCUACUCUUCCCACGCGUCAGCCAAUAAGAAGUAAUGGUAAGGAAGCGGGAGCAGGCAACUGCGGCCGAUGCCACGACCUCGGAGACGACGCCAAGCCGACCCCGUCGGGCCAGCCAGCGAGUGGCGGCGGCAGGAGGAGCCGACGCCUCCACCGCACCCGCCGCGGCAGCCGCCGCCGCCAGGGACCUGAAGUCGCCGCCGCCGCCAGCAGCCGUCUCCGAGUCCCCAGUGCAGCCGCCUCCCUCGCCAGCCGCGACUCCCAAGCGCGGUCCGAAGGUGGACUCGCCCGGACCCCGUGCCCGCCGCAGCGCUCGACUCAGCCUGCCUGACGAUGUCUCUUCCAAUGGUGGCUCUGGGGACGGUGCUAAAGAGACGCAGAAGUCUGUCACUACUCCUGAUCCUGACAAAAGCCCCACAGUAGUGCUAAUGCGAAUGGCUGGUGAUGGUAGUCAGAAGAACUCGCAGGUAGACGUGCAGACUAGCAGCCUGCCUGAUGUGAGACAACAUCGCGUUACCGAGACGGAUAGUUCUAAAACCCAGCCUAAUGCCACUCGCCAAACCAGCAAAAGCAGUGAGGCUGUACAAGUGUCCUGUGCUGGCGAUAGCAAUCCUGGACAGGAUGGAGGAAGUGGCGAUGGUGUGGGAAAGGGGGCCAAAGAAGGAACAGCCAAGUGCCACGAACAAUCAGAUCAAGAUCGAUCGCCGAAGUCUACUCAGAAAUCGACGAAUGGAUGUGGGACGAAAAGCAGCGUACAGUUAGAGGAAGGCUCUAAAAAAGAAGCACGAAGAAAAUCGCGCGAAACCAGCAAGAGUGGCCACGGAGUCAGUGAUGCUUCGAAAUUAAAUGUCAUCGAUGAAAAAUCCAAUGGUGGGCCCAAGGAGGGUUCCAUUCGACUGAAGUCUAUUGAGAAUGCUCAAAAUAAGCCCACCAAGGAUUCAGAAGUCGAUUCUAAAGUUGGAAAGUUGCCUAUGCCCAAAGAAGGUACUUCCAGUGAAAAACAAAAGAAAACUGUAGCCAGUGAUAGCGGAAAUGAGGCCCGUUCUUCUCAGGACAGCAAAUCGUCAGAGCGUACCUCUAAGCCGGAUGAACGGAUGGCGAAAUCAACAGGGCAAUCAUGUCCAAAGGAGUCGCACAAAGUUUCCAGUGAUAAGCCCAGGCGAGAAGAAGAUCGUAAUGCUUCUAAGGAGGAAUCGAAGCGUAGAGAUUCGUCACAGUCUAAAGCAAGGUCAAGUCACGAAGACCGCAGGUCAUCGCGAGAUCAGUCGCGACAUAGCUCAGAUACGCCAAAAGAUGCCUCUAGUCAUACCGGUCGUAAGGAAACCUCCAAGGACAGCUCGGGACACAGAGAUCACAAAGAAUUGUCCAGUAGCUCAAAACAUGAAGAUCGUGAAAAGUCGUCCAAGGAAACUUCAAAACGAGAAGAACCAUCCAAUGACAGUGAGGGGCACAAGAAAAGGACUGAAUCAUCUGAAGUUGCCUCAAAGCAUACCAGUCGCGGAGAAUCACCCAAAGCUGGAUCGGAAAACGCAGUGCCCAAGGAGUCGUCCAAAGAUAGCUCGAGGCACAAAGAUAGAGGAGAUUCUUCAAAGGAUAGUUCAAGGCAUAGAGACCGGGAAGAAAGUUCGAGAUCUAAAGACCGCAAAGAAUCGUCACGAGAUAGCUCAAAGCACAAGGACCGCCACGAGUCAUCCAAGGAUAGCUCCCGACACAGGCAUCGUGAUUCAUCCAGAGAUAGAUCCAGACAUAAGGACCGACGUGAAUCUUCCAAGGAAAGAUCAAGGCACAAGGACAGGCAUGGCUCGUCAAAAGAUCGUUCGAGGCACAGAGAUCACCACCAUAGCUCGUCUAGGCACAGUUCCGGGCACAGAGACAGACACGGGUCUCGGCGAGAUGAGCGAAGGGAUUCAUCGAAGAGCAGCUCUGAUAGGAAAGAUCGGCGAGAUUCAUCCAGGGAUCGAUCGAGACACGACCACCGACGACACUCUUCCAAGGGCAGUUCUGAAAGACAUGACCGACGAGAUUUAUCUAAAAGUAGCUCAGACCGGCGGCAUUCUUCUAAAGAUCAUUCAGGAGACAGGCGAAAAGAAGAGUCACGCAAAGAUGAUGACCGUGGUAAAGAACCUUCAGCAUCUCGCCAAGAUCAGUCUGGUCGCGACGAGAAAGAGCCCCGAAAAGAUGCUCCACAACGAGUUACUUUCUCAGAGGAACCGUCUAGAAAUGAACCGGGAACAUCUUCCGUCGGUGUCAAAGAUGGUGGCUCUGCGGAUUCCACCCAGAACAGGGAUGGUGGGAAAAUAUCUGACGACCUCAAGGGUUCGACUGUGCAGGCAGCAACUGCCAAAUGCGACUCCAAACACGAUACUGAAAAGAUGGCCACCAGCACCGCUCAAGUAAAGUCCAGUGAGAAUCAGCCCACUGGGUCAUCUCCUCCCUCAGGCCCCGCGGGCGACGGCGUAAGCGUCGCUGCUUCUGCCAAACCCAAAGUCGUGACCCCGCCAGCUCGGCGCUCGAGCUCUCGACGUUGUGUCCUGGCCGCCGCUUCCGGCUCGAAUCAGAGACGUGGCGCAGGAAGGCGGAGGGCGACCGGCCGUGCCACCCGGGCCGCCGCCGCUCCGCCACCUACGGAGGACUCAUGCGACGCAGAUGGCCCUUUCACCGGGUUUGAGGCCAGCUGCACCGUUAGCGAAGUGUCUCCGAUGUUGAGUCGGUUUCUGGAUCGAGUGGAAGCGCUCGUAGCGACAGCUGGACUGUCAUUCUCCAGCGGAGACGGUAUUGUGAAGAUGAAAAGUCCAUCAGACGCGAGCCGUAGCGCUGAGAAGAAGUAUGUCGAUGAGAAGGCAAAAGAGAGGCUGCCAACUCCGAAGAAGACGAGGAGGGAUACCAAGACUGAGCAGGGCGAGGGAAGUGCUUUGAAGCCCAGAGUUACCAGACGGACUAGCCGAGGAAAUCCAAGAGUUGCGAAACGCAGCUCGAAUGCUGAGGACAAAUGCAAGGAACAAGAUACGAAAUUGGUUAGUGUUAAAAGCAGUGACACGGCGAAGAGCUCCGACAAGGAUCAAAAGGUUACUGAUACUCCUUCUACCCGUAAGAAUGUCGCUUCUAAUUCAUCUCCAGACCCACAGUCUUUCCCUCCCGCUGCCUCUGACAAGAGCUCUCCCGAAUUACCUGUUGUAGGGUCCACUCAGGAGAGGAAAACCCCACCACGAUCCACCCGAUCUCGCUCAAAGGGUGCCCACGCCCAGCCAUCACCAAAAACUCGAGAAAGCAAGCCUCAGACGUCCGAGGUGAAAGAAACUCGCCGCUCGACACGCAGUCAGCCACAGCCGCCCAGUCCUGUUCCAGUAGAGCCGCCGGUGGCGGGAACGGACGGCGCCGUGUCGCGCAUCUCGCCGCUAGCGGUGGAAGUCCCCGUCUCGCCCAGCCCGCCGCUGCGGUCUGGCUCCGACGUCAGCAGCCCCGCGGCGUCAGCCGACUCCCGCAGCCCGCCGCUGAUCGGUGUCCCUCCGCCGGACGCCGAUGAUAACGCCUGCAGCUUCCCGUCGAUGCCGUUCCGGGAUACCAAUGAUAACGACGACUCGGGCUGCGUUUCGUCGGUCCCCUCCGCCGCCCCUGUCGCCGUCGAUGCCGGUGCAGAGGAGGACUCACCGACGCGCAGUGAUGGGUACUCGGGUGGUGAUGAGUUCUCUGCUGAGAGGAGUCGUCGGCAGCGCGCGCCGCGCCGCUCCCGUCGUCGUGUCGCUGCCUGCCAGCCGCCGGACACAGCGACGGCCUCGUCCUCGUCAACGGUUGGCGGAGCUCGAGGAGGUCGUUUGGAGACGGUGUCAGUCGAACCAGACGGUCGUGUGUCUUUUUCAUUCGACCUCAACCAGCUGGCGGCUCCCACACAGUGUAAGGAGGCCGAACGUCAGUCACCGCAGUUCGAACUGUCUGCUGGACCGUCAACUCCACCCGUGUCCUUCCGAGGGGCGCCUUCCAACGAGCCACUAGCCAUCGCCGGCCCUAGCGGCGUGGGCGCCGAUCCGUCCAUCUCCUCGGAUGACGAAGAAGGUCCGUUUCUCGGCUGGACUUCUGUCAGCGAUGGACUCAAACCGGUCUCCGAGAGCCGCCCGAAGGACAAGACAGAAGUCACUCCAGCGAAAGAAAUUGAGGUCUCUGAGGAUGUUCCCACAACUUCGUUUGAUUCAAAGAUGUUCGUGGGUGAGCCGGAAGUUUCUAACGAACAGACUGGUAAGGUGGCGGCGGCGCUCCCAGUCGACGCAGAGCCUGUUGAUGACAUGCCCUUGCCGAAGGUCGAUGAGCCAGAUGCUGACGUGGUUGAAGCCGAACAUGAAGUUUCCGGGAAGGCAGUGCCUGAGCUACCAGGGGAGCCUAGCGAGGAUGCUGUCGAUAAGCCUGCGAGGAACGAAGCCGUGAAGGAUGUCGAUGAUGAGGAAGUCUCGAUAUCAAAAGACCGUGUGCCAGAGAAAGGGCAGAGCGACGAGUCCAGUCCCGAUAGUCCUCUCCGCGAGCAAGAAAGGCGUUCGCCGGAUACUGUGCGGCAGGAGAGGGAGCCUUCUGAUGAUGAAUCAGCUCUUGAACCAUGUACCAGGGAAAGAAGUACGGAUCCGUUGGACUCUGAAGCAGAUGAAUCUGUGCCUGAAAAAUCAGUUGAAGAUGCAACAUCCAAUAUUCCGCCACCCGAGCCUGUCGCCGCUGAAGAUGUGGGAGUUCCUGCGAAAAGCCCAGUGCCCGAUAAGCAGGAGAACUUCCAGAGUCCCCGGCAGGAACAAUGUGUGAUGGAUAUAGACCUGGCCGAUAUCCCUCUUCCAGGAGAGGUGCCUAAGCAUGAUGCUGCCGAUCAUGAGGAAAAAUCGAAGAAGGAACCAAUCGAGCCGUCAGCUUUGAGCUUCGCGGACAAGAUCUCCUUUCACAGAGAGGAUUCGGAUGAAGGAGACGCCGUGCCGGAGAAAUCGCUUGGUGUAAGCAGAUCGACAAGAAGGGGCUCAGAUCUGAACGAUAACUUGGAAAAAGAGUCGUGUCGCGAGCUAGCUGUUGAGUCCAACGAGCAGCCUAAGAAGGGGUCUGAUGUCCGGUUCGACGCAGACUGCCGCGAACACCGGUUCGAGUCGGUCCAGUACGAUAGCGACUCUGAAGCAGAGCACAAGAGGGCAGUGUCAGCGGCCGUUGAAGCUGAACUGGAAUCGAACUCCGAACACCCGUUCGACGCUUCUGCGUUUGGUGAACAACCCAUUACGCAGGAGGAGAAAGAACCUGUGAAGGCGCCUUUGGCAAAUGAAGACUCUGUUGCUUCUAGUGGUCCAGAUCUGCUCACGGAGGACAAGCUUUCCCAAUCCACGUACGAUCCGGAACACCCCACGGCGGCGACAGACGAGAGCCAGGAAGGCAAUGAGGAGGGGAAAUCCCCAGUCUACCCUGCGGCGAAGGACGACUCCCAGUCCGCGUACGAUCCAUCACAGACAAUGAUGGAUCUCGACUCGAUGGCUGCCGAGACUUUGCCAGAGAUUUCGGUGCCUCCCUCCCCAGUGACUGGAGAUCCGAGCCUAAGUAGCCCACCAUCCGCUGAUGCUGAUGCCACCCUUCCCUUGAAGUCAGACGACUCGCAAGGAGCAACGCUGAUUGAAACUCUGCCUGAGAGUCAGAAAACGGCGCCGAACGAGCCGACAGAAACCAAGGAGGAGGAGGCUGACUCGCAGAUAUCUGAGCCUGAUGGCGAAGCGAUGCCGAAGCCAGAUGCGGAGCCAGACGCAGAGUCUGUGGCGAAGUCAGAUACGGAGGACGCGGACAAUGAUGCUAAGAUUGAGGCCGUGGAAUCGACUGCAGCAGCUGCGAAGUCAGAGACGAAGGAACGUCCGGGGCAAGACGAAUCGGCGACGGUGGUUGUUGAAUCAGAGAACGACGAGAAGAAGCUAGAACCUGUUGUUUCUGAACCCAAACCUGACGAUGUCGAAGCUUCAGAGAAGACUGCUAAUGACGGUGUGACUGCCUCCGACACGCUAAAAUCGGAUGACAAAGAGUGCCGGGAUUCACAUCCGGACUCCGUGCCGCCCGACGAAUCACAGACUCAUUCAAUAGGUGAUUCAGACGCUGACGGUAAGAGCGCAGCACUGGAGCCGCCGGCAUCAACUGAUACCAGCAGCCCGAGUCCAGCGGCGCCGGUACAGGAGUCCGCCGCCAGGGACUCUGCGGACUCAAGCAGUCCGGCGCAGACAAAGCCUGACGAGACCCGCGGUGACCAGCGACCAGCGGAGAAGGCUGCCGACGUAAAGAAGCGGCCCGGCUAUGUAACAAGUCCUGAGAGGAAGAAAUCAGCGGCCGAGGCGGGGAUGAGCACGCUGGCCAAGGUGCUGAACCAGAAGUUCGCCAACAGCCGCAUCCAUGCGGCGAAAAUCGGCGAGAAACUCCGCAACUAUCAGGUGAUCACGGACAACAUCUGGCUGGCGCCCAAGCCUCGCGAGACCAAACAGCAGAAGGAGACGCGUCGCAUGGUGUGCGACUGCAGCCUCACCCCAGAGGAGCUGGAGCGGGGAGAGCGGGGCUGCGGCGCCGACUGUCUCAAUCGGCUGCUCAUGAUCGAGUGCGGUUCGCGGUGUCCGAUGGGCGACCGGUGCGGCAACAAGAGAUUCACCCGGCGCCGCUACUGUCGUACCGAGGUGUUCCGUACUGACCUCAAAGGGUACGGUCUGCGGGCACUGCAGGACCUGCCAGCCGGCGCCUUCAUCUACGAGUAUGUCGGAGAGGUGCUGGACAUGCGUGAGUUCCGUCGCCGCCGCUCCGAGUACGCCCGUCUCAAGUACAACCACCAGUACUUCAUGGCGCUGCGCGGCGACACCAUUGUGGACGCCACAGAGAAGGGCAACGACUCGCGCUUCAUCAACCACAGCUGCGAGCCCAACUCGGAAACGCAGAAGUGGACGGUGAACGGUGAGAUCCGUAUCGGCUUCUUCACUCAGCGGCCCGUGGCAGCCGGAGAGGAGAUCACAUUCGACUACCAACUGCGCAGGUACGGCCGGAAGGCGCAACGCUGUUUCUGCGGCUCGGCGCAGUGCCGCGGCUGGAUCGGCCGAAAACCGGACGAACAGACUCCAGAGAGUGAGGAGGAGGAUGAUGGCGAGGAGGAGGAGUCCGGAGCGCGCGCAGGAGCGGCGAGGAAGGCCGAUCGUGCGCGGGUCAUGAGGAAAGACGCGGCGCGCAGAGAGCUGGGUGUGGAGAUCUCCCGUCUGGCGGCGUCCGGCCUCAAGUCCCGCCAGCACACACUACAGCUGUCCCGUUUGAUGGUGCGGGCCGAGAGCGACGCCGACCGGUGUACGCUGCUACAGCUGCUGAGGGCUGCCGACCAGCCGUGCAGACGCCUGUUUCUGGACUACCACGGGCUGCGUCUGAUGUGGACCUGGAUGGCAUGCGGUCCGUCCACCAACGGCGACUCACAGCCCGACUCGGACACGCACAGUCUCAGGAAGGAGAUCCUGCGAACUCUCUCGGUGCUGCCGAUUCCCGACCGUACAGCGGUGCGCGAGUCGCGUGUACUGGCCGCCGUGGAGCGAUGGGCACAGGCCAGUCGACCGAGCACCCCCACCACGCCGGAUACGGACCCGCCGAGUGACCACACGCCGCCCGAGGCUGGACCGAUCGGCGACAAGGAGGCCGCGGAGAUCUCUGAGCUGGCCAAGGAGCUGCUGACCUCGUGGUCCACCCUGAAGAACGUCUUCCGCAUCCCGAAAAAGGAGCGGCUUCAGCGGAUGCGGGAGCACGAACAGGAGGCCGACCGUGGUUACCAGACGUACCUGGAGCAGCAGACGCGGGCCAGCUCCCAGUACGCCAAGCGCGGCUACGGCUGCUCGCCGGAGCGCAGAAAACGCUCCAGGGAGUCGCCAGAACCCGUGGAGCGGCGCACCAAAAAGUACCGCGCCUUCAGCGAUAGCCGCCUGACCAAGGAGGAGCGGCGCAAGCUGUUCACUCUGGAGGUCCAACAGGAGGAGGAGCAGGAGCGGCAGAGACGAGAGCAGGAGCGCCGCCGGCUCCAGGGCGACCCCGCACCCGCGGCUCCCGCGGUGACGGAGCCGGUGCCGGAGCCGGAGCCGGAGCCGGAGCCGGAGCCGGAGCCGGAGAGGGUACAGCGACAGCAGCAGGAGGAGCUCUGGAGCGGCCACGAGCAGCGCUGUACCAUGCUCGGCCUGGAUCCCUACCUGACGCCCAUCUUCGACGCCAGCUUCCAGUACUACUGGGAGCCGUCGGCGGGCGCGUGGCAGCCGUACACCCCCGGUGACCCGGCCGUGCCUCUGGUGGCGGCCUCUGGCGCCGACCCGGCCCUCAUGGCAGCCCUACCUCAUCACCUGGCCGUAUUCCAGAGUAUGGCGGCGGUCGAUCUCCAGCAGGCCCAGCAGUACCUCGCGCGGGUGGCGCAGGGCCGGCAGUCUACAUCUGCACCCCCACCGACCACCGCUCGGCCGCCCUCCCCUCCCGCGGAGGCUCGGCCUCCCUCCCCUCCCGCGGAGACCCGCCCGCCGUCCCCUCCCGCCGGGAACCGUCCGCCGUCCCCUCCCCAGCGUCGGCCGCCGUCCCCGCCCCCGCAGCAGCCGCAGCGCGUGAUGGCCGAUCAGUUACCACAGAUGGGUCUGAUGGACCUGCUGAGGGCUCAGGUCACUGGCAGGUUCGUGCCGGACCCCAGUCUCACCUCUACCUCUACUACCACCCGCUCCGGGCUGGGGCCGGCCGACAGCGUGGCCAGUAUUCCCCUGCCGGAGGAGACCGCCCGGCCGCGCUCACCGCCGCCUCAGCAGCCGCCCCUUCCCCGCGAACCGGCCCGGCCACCGCCGCCGCCUGAGCCGGAGGCAGAGGGCUCGGUCCGACUGCCGCCCAAGUGGAGAAUGGCGACCGAUGAUACGGGAAAGGUGUACUACUAUCAUCAGGUGACGCUGGAGACUCGCUGGGACCCGCCCGCCUACCCGGACUCCACAGUAGCCGACCCGGAGCCGGUCGGCGGGCCCAGCUACAGCCCCACCAACCAGUCCAGCUCCGAGUCCAGCUCCGAGAGCAGCUCGUCCAGCUCCAGCUCAGAAUCCAGCUCCGACUCAGAGUCCAGUCACGGGGGUCAUGCGAGUCCGUCGGCCGUCCGGCGGAAGAGGCGACUCAGCUCUGGGAGUGGCGGCAGUGCGGGCAAGGAGCGUCCGGCCCAGCCGCGCACUCCCAGCCCUGUGUUACCCGAGGCGCCUCCGCCGCCGCGACUGACGGCACCUGAAGACGAGUUAGAGGAGGGGGAGAUCCCCGACGUAACGGCCGCAGAGAGGCUGCUACGCCGCCUGAGUCGUCGCCACAGCAGCAGGACGGCGGAUCCGCUGCUGGACAAACCGCCCAGUCCUCCACCGGAGUCGAGCCGCUCCGAGUCGCGUCGUCGCGAGCGUCGAGAGCGACGACAGCGGCGCGCCGACGCGCGGCGCGAGCGGCGCCGAGACCGCGAGUGUGAGCGUCUGCUGAGGAAGCACCGGCGACACCAGCAGGAGAGCACUAUCGGCGACCGGGCGCCCGGUGACGAGGCGCGACACAUCCGCGAGGAGGCCAUCAAGAGGUUCAAGGCGAAGGAGGAGGCGCUACUGCAGCAACAGGAACAGGCAGCCCGGGAGCGGCGGCGAGCCGAAGCCGAGGCGGAGGCGGCGGUGCUGGCCAAGCGGCGGAAGCUGGAUCCCAAGAGAAGUUCCUCGUCCUCCGUUGAACCCUCGGCGGGCUCCGCGGGUCCGGCGUCGGUCAAACCGAAACCUACCUCCGCCGCGGCGGACACCAGCUCAGAGACGGCCAAAAAGACAAAGGACAUAAGCCCGGUGUUGCAGAUUAAGGACAGGUUCCUGGUGCACAUGUCGGCUGUCGUCGUCUCCGUGCUCAACGGCUUCCGCAGGCCGACCUGCAAGCAGGGCCGCAUCACAUCCACAGAGGACUUCAAACUGCUCGCCAAAAAGCUGACGCACCACGUGCUAGUAAAGGAACUGCGAAGCGUGAAGCGCGUCGAAGACCUCGUUCCAAGCGAUCCGGUCAAGCACAAAGCUCGCUACUACGUGCGCAAGUAUAUGAGCCGCUUUGGCGAGCUGUACGUGGGUCCGUCGUCUCAGCCGGGCGGGUCGGGAGACGCCGGCCCCGCCUCCGACCCCGUGGACUUCUGACCCCCGGCUGGUGACGUCACGGCUGCGGUGUGACGUCACGUCACUGGUGACGUUAUAACGAUGGUGUGAUGUUCGGUAGUGAUGGCUGGAAGUCUACAGGAAACAGGGACAGUGCGUAGUGAUGGUAUGUUCAGAAGGAGCGAAGGUUGGUGUGUCGUCACCCAGUAGAGUUGUACGGUGCUCGACGGGCGGGUGGUAUAGCCAGCUAGAAUAUGGCCCCCGCGGUGGGAAGUGGUGGGGGCAGAGGCGGGUGGUCUCGGGAGAGAGAGGAAAGGGGUCGAUGAUAGAGAUCCUGAGCUUGAGGUGUCUACGCGACUCAUUAGCCACUGUAAAUGGCGAGGACAGGAUGUCUGACGGUCUGUGCUGUUAGUGCAAGUGUGUGUCAGGGAGAUUCCACCGCCUUGGUACGAUACAGAGACUAGAGAGCUAACGAUGUACCGGGGGAGACGAUGAAACGGGAGAGGGACUGCUGGUGCGCAGGGUUAACAGGGCGUAGGAACGUGAGCGAGGCGCUGGUCGGUAGUAGGUAGUAAUCUAGUGUUUUCUUCUUUUCUCUUGUUUCACUAAAUCCGGAUUUGUGUUGGUCGGAAGUGCAGAAAACAGAUCGGUCGUUGCAAAGUAGUCAAGAAUGAAAACCAUGUCCUCGUGGUGAAGUUUAUGGAGUUGCAGUUUAGAUAGACACUUUCGGACGCACUUUGAAGCUUGUAAUUCGUUUCGGGCGCACCUUGUUCAGUUCUGCGCUGUUCCAUAUCAUCCCUCCGCAGCGGCUUACCACACGCAAUCUUCUGGCUCUGGCUAGCCUCCCCUGAUCCUCUCUCCUCCCACUCCCAUCCUCUUCCCCUCUCCAGGCCUGCCCCACCCCGCCCCUGGCUGACGAUACCAGCACAGACGAGCGCUGUACUACUGAUUGGCUAUUGUAAGCUGGAAGACAGAGCGUCAAUGCAAGUCGCUGUAUCAUACCGGCCCCUCGGUCACGCCUUGGCCCCAGCCGGGCCAUUGUUGGUGCCGAGAUGGCCGGUGCGUUAGUGCUGUUAGUUCCGUACAAGGAGGGCGAGAGAUAGAGACCGUGGUUCCGGUGGUUCUCUCUGCAUGUGAUUGUACAAUAGGCUCUUUUGUAAUGUUUGUGCUGUACAUACAUAGGAGUUACGGCGAUGGUCGAUAGAUGCUGGCAGAUGUUUCGUUGAAUCGAAUCUGCAUUGCCUGGAAGUUUCAUGUUGCGAUUUACUUGUUGAUAUAAGGCUUUCAUCGGAGGAUUUGGACAAUUUCGAGGUUAAAACUCCGUUACUGUAAAGUCGUUGCUGUGCUGUGUCUGUGUCUGUGACGCGUAGGACAGAUAGGUUCAGUUUAAGGGCCCGCCCUGACGCCUGAUCGGUUGUCUGCCAGCGUGUCUGUCCUCGUUGCGGCGGUCCCUGCGUAUCCGUGUGCUCCGUUCGGAUAGUCUAUUCCUGUGACCGGCUCCGUUGGAGCUGCCGGCGGCGUGUGGAUGCUCGUGCCGCCGGCAUACGGUCAGUACAAUAAACACAAACCGCUACUG